AUGGAGCUAUCCGACUACGACGGGCGGCUGGAGCACGACACAUUCUACAAAUUACGCCCUCUGCUUUCAUGCACGGCGAUAUGCGCGAUUUUGGCAGCGGCGCUGCACGGCGUAAGCGCGAACCGCGUCAACUGCAGUGUUGACCUCGUCUGCGGCCUCACGCUUUUGUGUGCGGACAUUCUCCUGCUCGCUACCGGCUUAGCAUACGAAAAACUUGUCUGGUCGCCUGAAUGGUCCAAGAACACUGGCAUCGCAGCGUACGUCGUCGACAUUAUCUACACGGCGGCCGUAUUCAUAAGCCUCAACUUCGUGUGGGAGAAACCAUCGAAGUCGGAUGAUUUGGACGAUCAAGAGAGCGCCCUGUACAGCGAACAGGACGACGUGUGGGCACCAUUCUCAGGCAAGUAG